AUGAGAAAGAUUUGGAAUAGAAAAGAUAAAGAUAAACGAAAGAGUGUUUCUCACGAUACUACUAAUUCCCCAAGUAUAUAUUCAAAUCAUCACCUUGAUUCUAAUGAACAUUUACCUGCACAAUCACACCAACAAGGAUCAGAUCAAUAUUCUGAUCACAAUCACCACCGCAACCAUCAACACCACCACAACCACCACAACCACCACAACCACCUUGUCCAUACAGAGUCACAUGAGGAAACAGCUAGUUUUGAUUAUGAAGAUAUGGCAUCUAUACACGAACAACCAUAUUCUUUAUCAGAUAAACAGUCCACAACCAGUACAUCAACUUUGUCUGCAACUACAGGUGCUUCAACAUUGGCAACAUUGAAUACUCAACCACAUACUUAUACAUCAUCAACUAGAGGAGGAGGAGGGGUUACAGGUGUUAGUGGCAGUGGCAGUGGUCCAGGAAAGAAACUCAAUUCUCCUCCGUGCCAAUCACCAGUUGCACCUAAUGUAAAAUUGAAUUCAUUAAUUAAACAUGAUCAUGAUACGACUGUUGCAAAACAUUCUUGGGUUAAUGGUGUUUUCAAUGGGAGUGAAAUCAAUGAAAACAACUUAAAGUUGUUUCGUGCUGAGUUGAAAGGAUCACAUUUGUAUCUUUAUAAGGCACCAUCAAACUUGAAUGUCAAGAAAUUCCGAUUACAAGAACCUCCUAUACCCAAAGAAGUCGAAGCAAUGAUGAAGAGUAAGAACGAUAGUAGCAGUAGCAUCCAUAAUUUCAAUAAUAGUUCCACUUCAUUGGCUAACAGCAACAGUAUCAAUGAAAAUGUUAUUGCUGAUCAUCAUAUUGACAAUGCAACAGUUGAGACCAAUACUUCAACCCUAAUUGAUACAAAACCAUUAGAUAUCUCACAAAUCAGUAGUCCCAUUGUUCAAAAAGCUCCUAGUGUACACCCUCCUCCGUUGGGGUUGAGGAAAAACUCCACCGUGGAAACUACAACAAUUCCAGUCAAUAGAAAUGUUUUUGAGGCACCUUACCCUAGCAGUAUUCCUAACACACCAGUGACUGCACCACCUACAUUACCCAUAACUUCUUCUAUAGAUAUAUCAGAGCACAACAUUACAUAUUACAAGGUUGAAGUCCCCCAUCCAGAUUUACUAUAUGACUUUGAUACACAUCGAUUUUCUGCUCCAUUUUUCAAGGAUGGGAAAAACACAUUAGAAGCAGUUUUCCACUUUUUAUUAUUCAAUCAAGAUCCUUUGGAUACCCGUACUAUCAACACAAUAGUUGAUGUUUUACCCGUUCUACCAGAUUUUGGGAAAAUAAUGAGGUUUUUCUCUCUCUACGUGCAAAGCAUAUUUGAGAAGAAAUUUGAUGGUAUGACAAACUUGGAGUUGGUUGUUGCCAGAGUUUUACAGGUGUUAAAAAAUUUGGAAGAACAUUUUGAUGGAUUUUUAUUAAAAUCUGAUAUUGCCCCCUAUAUUUUGAAAGUAUUGGAAAUGAUUAAUCAUUACGAUAUUGAGGAUAUCACUAUUUUCAAAAACAAAAUGCUUCAAAAGCAACAAGUGUUGAUAGAUUUGCUUAAUAAUGAUAACUUGCCACUUAAUGUUCAACCAUUUCAAGACUUGAAUUCCACAGUAUUUAUGAAAGAAAUUAAUUUGAUUGAUUUUGCCUAUACUAUCAGUGAAAUUGAUUUAAAGUUUUUUGGCAAUUGGAAUUCCAACAUUGAUAAAUCUUUAUUACUAUAUUCUUCAAUUAGUGAUGACACCAAUCGAGAUUUUUUCUACAAAAAGAACCCCUUAAUAUUCAAUAAUGAUUAUCACGUUCAUUAUUUGUCAAGAUUGUUGGUAAACCAUUUGUUUGUGGAAAAUUCGAGCACCAAUAUGAGUUCAGCUAAUUUGGAAAACAAAGCGAGAUUAUUGGAAAAAUGGAUUGAUUUAGGGUGUUUAUUAGAUAAAUCAGGAAACAUGUCAUCCUGGUUGGGUAUAUCAUCAGUCAUAUUGUCUCAACCCGUUUUAAGAUUAACCAAAAUCUGGUCGUUAGUGGCACCAGAUUAUAUUAGACUAUUGAAAAGUGAUUGGUCACCAGUUUUGUUUGAGUUGGACAGAAGAUAUUUGGUUAAUGAAUCUACCAUUGACCAUGGCAAGUCAAACCAUUUGGGUAACGAAGAAUCGAGAGAUUUGAGCACCAAGGACUCUUAUCAUAUCAUGGCACCAAGAGGUUUAGGAAAAAUUUACCCUAAGGAAAGAGUGAUUCCCUUCUUUGGAGAUUUAGUAAUUAACAACAGUGGCAACACUAUAGAUAAGAGUAUUGAUAUUUAUGAAAUUGAAUCGAUAUGGAAACGAGUAAAUUAUUCCUUUGAUAGGUGGAAUCACUAUUUGGCCAACUUGACCAAUUAUGAUGAAAUUAUCAAAUAUAAUGACGAUGUUUUACGUCGAUAUGAUUCUAUGGGAUUUAUAUUUUCCAAUGAAAGCUUAAACCAAGUAUUAUAUUUGGGCCCAAAUAAUAGUGACGAUAGACAACUUGAAAAUGUGCCAUCACCAAUAAAGCACCAAGAAUUGAAUAAUGAUAUAAAGAACAAACUCUUACGUUUGAUUGAAUUGAAUUGUGAUUCGAUAAAUAUGGAGAAAAUCAUGAAAUUAUCUAUCAACUUAGAACCAGAGCUUCCAGAAGCGUAUUUGGAUGCCACUACGUCCAUUUCUGUUGCCCCAUCAACACCACAUGAAUCAACAAUAUUGAAAAGCAAUUUUAAUAGGUCUAAUUUGUCUGUUAGUUCAAUCGAAUCAUCAGUCUCCCUUAGUGAGACACUGUUGAGUGAAUCUAACCCUGCUUCUCGAAUUCCUAGCUUUAACAACAAAUUUUUCAAAAUUGAUCUAGGGAAAUACGAUGAGUUGAUGAAUACAGGUGACAAAACAGACCCACAACCAUUAGAUCCAUCUGUGAACAAGCACAAUUUUGUUAUUGAUAAUGAAUUGACUUUCAGAAUUGAUGAUUUUAUAUCUGAAUUGGAUAAUAGCUCUACUAGUUCUGUUACUGGUAGUGGGACUGCUGCUGGUGGUGGUGGUGGUGGUAGUAGUGGCUAUGACGAUUUUGCUGGAGGUGACGACGACGAUGAUGUUCCAGGUUUGGGUAUCGAUGUUGAUGAUAUUUUGAAUUCGGAUAAGUUCACAAAUUUUCUGAUGUCACCAAAGGCUAAUAAUUCCAAGUCUUCUAAAAGGAAAUUAAGUAUCGAUGGAAGUAUGAAAAAAAUUUACAAAUUUAUUCCUAAAUAUGCCACUGUUGACAGAUUGAUUGACUUGUUGUUACUCGACUCCAAGUAUUUCCACCGUGAUGUUCAUCUUGAUUUGACGGAAUAUAGAUUUGUGUUUUUAUUAAACUACAAUUCAUUCAUGACAACAAAGGAUUUGUUAGAUAAAUUAGCACACAGGUUUGUAAAUUCAGGAAAUGCAGUGAUAUCGGUUAUGAAAAAGAAUUAUUUACUCAAAAAAUUGAACCAUGAAUCCGACAGGACGAAGAUGGAACCAAACUUCAACCAGGGAACCCCACAAUUGGCUAUGAAUUUCCCCAACUGGAAUUUGGAUACUGCAGUAGAUUUGAAUGAAUUGGGAGAGGUUGACUAUGAAUUGUUACUCAAGAUUCAGAUCAAUAUAUUGAAAGUGUUGAUUGUUUUGAUAAAUAAUUUCUAUUCCAAUUUUUCUUUGGAUUUGGCCAAUAAGAGUAUAUUAAUCAAAUUACUCAAAUUGUUUAGCAAUGAAAUUUUACAGUGGUACAACUCAAACAAAAUCGAUAAUACUUUGGAGAAAUCGUUUGAGAGUUUGGUAACUUAUUACAAGAAAUUGAAAAAAUUGUUUGUGAAAAAAACUUACAGACCAGUUGAAGUGCUGAAAUUUGAUGAAUAUUUGAUUUCUGAAUUUAGAUUCAACAAUUCUCUUCACGAAGUGCCGAUGAAUAGAAACUUACCAAGUCACAGAAAUGUUCAUAAAAUCGAAAAGUUCUUGUAUAAAUUCAACAAACUAUUAGCGGUGUUUUACAAAGGAAUAAAAACCGAAGAUUGGGUUAGAGUGUACAAGAUUUUGGAAAACUCGUUUGAAAGAAAUUCCUUAUUAGAUUUCAGCUUACAAAAACCCACAGUACUGGAUGACCAAAUAAUAGUCUCCAAUAUUUUCAAUUUUUUCGAAUCUUUGGUCAUUCCUGAUGAACGUCAGUUGUUGUUGAAAAAAUUCCCACUUGUUUUCCGUAAAUUGUUCAAAGUGUACUUUAAAUUCAAAAGCUAUUUGUUGGUGCAAUUGACUGAUUUGAAUAUAACCACUGAUGAGAGAUUGGAUAGAAUGAAGACAUUGUUGAUAAUGGCUAAAGUUUCAAAAUUGAAAAUGAGUGAUAAUCAAUUCAUUUUUGAAGGUAGUGGUAAUAUUCCAUCUUGUAUUGAGACAGCAAUUAUUAAUGUGAUUUAUUCACCAGAGAGUCGAAGAUUUUCCAAUUUAUGGGUACGAGCAGCACAAACAUUAACUCAUCGUGAUGGGAACUUUGAUAGUGUUGAACUGUUGUUGCCUCCCAAUAUCACCAUCAAUGAUUUACAAUCGACUGAACCAUUAUUGCCAUGUUUUGGGUGGAUUAUUGAGAACUUAAUUGAAACUGAUAAAUGUCCUUCCUAUUAUAAGAAUCAGAUUAAUUUCAACAAGAGAUAUUUGAUUUAUAAAUUGAUUAGAGAAUUAAGUGUGGAGGAUUUUGAAGGCGAAUCCGGUUCUAAUGAUUUCAGUUUUAAUGAAUCUCGUGAGUUUGACUUUUUAUUAAAAUUGGAUGAAUCAUUGGUGAAUCAGCAAAAUCUUAGAGAAUUUGCCCCAAUUGAAAAAGCUGAGAUUUUCCAGAGAAUUAUGAAAGAACAACAUCAAAUAUUAAUUAUUGAUAAUCAAAAGAAACACAUCAGGGAUUCAAAACGACUUAUCAAGGGAACAAACAAUUUAUCUAUUCGUUCUGCCACUAAUAGCAGUUUCAUCAAUAUCCAUAGUGGAAUCAGUACCAGUAGUAGCACUGUAACUGCCACCACCACCAAUACUAAUAGCAACAACAACAACAUUAACAAUAAUAAUACUACUACUACGAAUAAUAAUGUAUUAAGUGGAAUGCACAAUUUGACAAGAAAAACAUCAAAUACAUCUUUGAAGCGUCAGUCGUUAUCAUACAAAUCGAGCUCAUCGUCUAGAUUUAAAAUAAGUGGAUUAUUUACCAAAUCAAGACCAUUUUCGUUAACUGGGAACACAUCUGCUCCGGAAAGAGUUGUUAGUAUUGAGGAAUUACCAAAUCCAGAAGAUUCUAUUGAACCAAAGCAAAAGCCAUUUGUCGUGAUACCUUUAAAGAACAAAAAGAUUUUCCCCGUGUACCUUAUGCCGUUGUGUUUUAAGAUCGAUUCUGAAACAACUAAUGAUCACUACUUUUUCCAAGCGACAGGUGAUACUGAUUUGAAUGAAUGGUUAGUUAAAUUGAAUUAUGCCAAUAGACAUUGGUUUUAUUCGCGUAUUCUUAAUAACAAGACUACAAACAACAAUCUUGUCUUUGGUGUACCAAUUAGUUUUAUUUGUGUAAGAGAAUUAUCUGUUGUUCCUAAGUUUUUGGAGGCCAUAUUCCAUGAAAUUGAGUCUGAGGGAAUCAAAGAUGUUGGUAUUUAUCGUAUCAGUUCCUCAAUCAGUGAAUUAACUAGCAUUAAGCAAACGAUAGAUAGGACAGGCACUAUCAAUUUUGAUGAACGAGGUUAUGAUACUCAUGCUUUGACUAGUAUUGUCAAAUCCUAUUUCCGUGAAUUACCAGAUUCGUUAAUAACUGAUGAUGCUAUCAGUCAAUUUUAUGAGUUGAAAUUGGAACAAGACAGUAAAAAUCAAAACCAAGAUCGUGAUGCAUUUGAUUUGAAUGCAUAUCAGAAAAUUUUACACUCUUUACCAGUGGUCAAUUUCAAUACUUUGAAAAUAUUGGUAAAACAUUUGAACAAAAUCAGUGAACACAAAGAAGUCAAUAAAAUGACGACAUCUAAUAUUGCUACUGUGAUAGGACCUGCAUUGACAGAAUCUAGUAAUUUGGAUAUUUUAAUUAACAAUUUUGGAUUUAUGAAUUUGGUUUUAGAAAAAUUGAUCAAUAAUUAUCAUGGUGUUUUUGACGAUAGAGAAGAUGAUACUAAUAAAGAGGUUGAAUCGGAUUUGAAUCACGUGCACGAGCAAAAUUCAGAAACAGAGAUUGACAGUGGUCAUGAACUUGAACAAGAGCAAGAGCAAGAACAUGAGCAUGAACAUCAUAUUCAAAUUCACAUCAAGCCGGAACGUGAACCUGAACGUGAACACAAACAAGAAUAUGAUUAUGGUCUCAAGCAUAACCAUGAACAUGUUGAUACAAGUGUGGAUCUGAAAGUGGUAGAAAGACAAUUUCAACAGCAGCUGGAACUCGGACAAGAUCGUGACAAUAUCCCACGUAAGAAGAAUGUUAUUCAAAGUGGUAUUGAAUCUAAUGAUGGAGGUCAUCUUACAAAAGUUGUUUCAGAUGAAACAACAAGAAACAACAAGACAGUCACGAAACCUAAUCAAAACUUUAUUGGUGAAGGGUUCUCCCAGGAAGAAGAGCUUAAAGUACAGUUUUGA